CAUGGGGUGCUAAGCUAUUAUUAGGGAGACUCUGAAAGAGAUAAAGUAAAGCAAAAGUGAAAUUUUGAUUGAGGAUGCAUUGAGUGCAGUUUGUGAGAAGGAAUUCAUAGGAUAUGCAUAUAUCAGCAGAACAGUUCAAUCUGGAUGCAAUGUAUUUAUCGGUGGUUGGAGAGACUAAUUGACUGAAUAUCUCAUGAAGAGAGAAUCAAAUGAAACAAUCGAGGAUGAAUUUUGCGUAUAACAUACCAAGGCUUGUUAUGAAAUUAAUCCUUUAGAAAUAUAAGAGUAUAGAAAGAAAAUGCAUAAAGAAAAGAAACCAGUUUAUAUGGACGGGUAGUAUUUUAUGCCAGAUGAGAAUGGAUAUGUGGAUAAAGCAAGGGAUUUGGUUGAGUUGUGAUUAUAUAGUAAAAAAG